AGUGACGUACCCCUGCAACUUGUCUUUCAACUGACCAUCAGGCAGGAGUCAGUUUGAUAUUUUGAGUUCAGCAAAGGGAGGGAAAACGUCCAGUAAAGUGCAGCUGCUACAAAAUCUACAAAAUCUAUAACACACAUUUAUUUAUUUUUAAUCUGGCCUUCUUUACAUUGUGGAAAUGACCAGUCAAAGUUCUGAUGCAGAUGAAGCAACCAAGGCAUCUGGAGAACGGACUUUCGAAAAAGCAAAGAAAAAGGCUCAAGAAAAAAUUGACCAUUUGUUUAAUAUCUCACUUAACAUUGCUGUAACUGGAGAAACCGGGGUGGGAAAGUCAGCUUUCAUCAAUGCUUACAGAGGUCUGAAAGAUGAUGAUGAAGGUGCUGCUGAAACUGGAGUUACUGAGACCACUGCUGAACCCACCCCUUACAACCACCCCACAAUGCCAAAUGUGGUGCUUUGGGACCUGCCUGGAGUUGGAACCCCAAAUUUUAAAGCAAAAACAUAUGUUAAGAAAAUGCAGAUAGACAGGUUUGAUUUCUUCAUUAUUAUCUCUUCGGUAAGAUUCAAAGAGAAUGAGAUCAUGCUGGCUAAAGAGAUCCAAAAAAGGAAAAAGAAGUUUCACUUUAUUAGAUCAAAGAUAGACAAUGAUAUUCGAGCAGAAGAACAAAAGAAAACUUUCAAUAAAGAGGAAACUCUCUCAAGAAUCAGAAAGGAUUGUCAGGAAAACCUAAAGGAACUGGGAAAUCCUCCUGUGUUCCUCAUAUCCUCCUGGAAUCUUUCUGCAUUUGAUUUUGAGAAGCUUGUUUCAACUCUGAACUCUGAGCUUCCAGAGCAUAAGCAGUACGCUCUACUGCAGUCUGCACCAGUCACUUCAGUGGCUAUGCUGGAGAAGAAAGUGGACAUGUUUAAGAAGCUCAUCUGGGCUGCAGCUAUUGUCUCUGGUGGGAUUGCAGCAGUACCGGUGCCUGGCCUGUCUUUCGCAUGUGAUACAGUCACUGUGAUGACUUUCUUUACAAAGUGUUUCCAUGCAUUUGGCCUUGAUGACAGAUCUCUUGAGAAGCUCUCAGAACGAGUGAACAAGCCAGAACUGAAGAAUCUGAAGAAGGCCCCACUUUUGAAGGAACUUGCAGCAUCAUCAGCAGUCAGACUGGGAGGGUCUGCAGUUGGAGAGUUUCUGUGCAGUUUGGUACCUGUUGCAGGAAAUAUUGCAGCAGCAACAAUCUCCUUCACCAUGACACGUGAUAUCCUUCAAAAUGGACUAAAAAUGUUAGCAGAUGAAGCACGAGGAGUCCUGAGAGAGGCAGGACUGGAGUAAUGAACAAACUGAGAGAAACAACAUACCAGUAAAAAUAAGUUAAAGAUCACAAAAAUAAUCAACAUGAUUAAGAUUAGAUUACAUUAAUGCACAAUGAAUAUAAAUAAUAAUAAAUAUUUGUAUCUCUAAUUUAACAGGUCAUACUGAAUUCAAUUAGAUACCAGCUAAUUUUUGGAAGCAAACAAACAUCUUCUCGUCUGUAAAAAAGCUGAAGAUUAAAAGAGAAAGAGCUUCUACAGCAGAAUAAUGAUUAUAACCACACCUCAACGAUGGAAUACCCAAAGAGGAUCAAGCUGAAUGUUCUAUACUAUGCUCCUCACAGUGACCUGCACAGCUAUUUUCUUUAGAUUUUUUUUCUUCUUUUUUGUUGAUGAAGCUGAAAAUAAUGGCAAUAUAAAAAGUAAUUUUCUUUUAAUUUUAAAUAUGUGCUUCUGGUUAACUUUGUGGCUUUUGGAAAUCAUGUGAUCUUUCUGUAAAUGUAAAUAAUCUUAUUCCCUAUUUUAUUUGUUAUUGUUAAAACUAUCCACAUGCAAUCAAUUAUAUUUUCAGGAACAUCAUUUAUAACAUUGAUCAUAUAUUGUUUAGCCUGAUAAUUGGUUGAUGAAAUAUGUAAUUUGUAAUAUCGCAAGUUAAAAUUCUGUGUAUAAACACUUUAAAAUGCAUAAGGGAGAACUUUUAACAUUUUUUUGUUUGAUUUCAUUUAUUUGAAUGUAAUAUUUGAUUAUAUAUUAUUAAAAGCUCUUAAUCAAUGGGUUUAAAACACAGUUUGUUCAAAAUAAAUCUCUAAAUAAAUGAAGAUUUGAUCA